AUGGCGAUGGUUUCAAGGCGCGCCAUUCAAAAUCCUGGCAAAGGAGUGGCUGUGAAGCAGAAGCCAAGUAUCCGCAAGACCAUUGAGUCUAUGAUUAGCACCGGGAGCCAGGCAGAGUACUUUCGACCAGAACAGACCAUCAUCAUCUUCGACUGGGAUGAUACGCUCUGUCCUUCCAGCUGGAUCCGCGCAAACAAGAAGGUUUUGAGCUUCUUCAAGCCAGCUCCAAAUGUGGAGAAGUACCAAAAGCCACUUCGCGAGUUGCAGGCCGCCGUUGAGGUCCUGAUCAAAAUGGCGAUGAAACUGGGCACCGUCGUGAUUGUCACGAACGCCAUGGAUCCGUGGGUGGAGACUUCCUGCCGCAACUUCUUGCCCUCGCUGCUUCCACUGGUUAGCACGUUGCCGGUGAUCUACGCGCGGUCCAUUUUCGAGCAGCAAGGAGUGGACAUUGCGCGCAGCCCAAGCAGGGGUUCCUCGCCAUUGAGCCGCCUUGCAAUGCCUGGAAUGUACGCUGCAAACGGUCAGAAUCGCCUGGGCAACAUCAACGCAAAGAUUGCGGCGCAACGCGUGGAGGAGACGUCCCCCCAAAAGUGGAAGGAG